GUCUGAAGCCGUUGGCUGCUCCUCAACCGUUCGGCUCUUUCUCUACGAGCAAACAGCCUUACAAUGUUCCUCAAUCCCUCCUAAAACCUUUAUUUUUUAGCUUUUAUAAAGGGGCAAUGACUACAUACACAUAACACGACGAUUACAUGGGAAUUUAACUACCAGACCACCAUCGUCAACUAGGUUUAUAACGCGUUAUUGGCAGCGCAUUUUUAAAUAUAUCAGAGGAAACUCCACACUGCACAGCAGAGAAACCAGCCCUGUGUGAUCUGGAUAUUAACGGCUGCAGAGAGGCCGUGUGCAGUGCUGCCUCCCUGUCGCUGGGCUCUGGAGCGGCGCUGGGUCACAUGGUGCGUGGGCAGCAGGGAGGAGCUCUUGUAAAGACCUCUGUGUGGUGGAAUUUUCAGAGUUACUACUGUGGCCUGUGUCCUCUGUGCUGACCUCAUGGUGUAAACAGCACUAAACAUGAGCAUAAGCAGUGAUGAAGUCAACUUCCUGGUGUACAGAUACCUCCAGGAGUCAGGCUUUUCUCACUCAGCCUUCACCUUCGGCAUUGAGAGCCACAUCAGCCAGUCCAACAUUAACGGCGCUCUGGUGCCCCCUGCUGCCCUGAUCUCCAUCAUACAGAAGGGCCUGCAGUAUGUGGAGGCGGAGGUCAGCAUCAACGAGGACGGCACGCUGUUUGACGGGCGGCCGAUCGAGUCGCUGUCGCUGAUCGACGCGGUGAUGCCGGACGUGGUUCAGACGCGGCAGCAGGCCUACCGGGACAAGCUGGCCCAGCAGCAGGCUGCUGCAGCCCCGCCCAGCGCCCCGCCCAGCCUGCAGGGCAGCGCCAAGAACGGCGAGAACACCGCCAACGGAGAGGAGAACGGAGGCCAUGCCUUAGCCAGUGAGCCACGCCGCCCAGCUGCACAUCACACACUGCUGAAGAGUGUGUGUGUGCUCACGGCUCUCUCUCUCUCCGCCCCCCCCUCAGAUAACCACUCAGAUAUGAUGGAGGUGGACGGCGAUGUGGAGAUCCCUCAGAGCAAAGCCAUGGUGCUCAGGGGCCACGAGUCCGAGGUGUUCAUCUGCGCCUGGAACCCCGUCAGCGACCUGCUGGCAUCAGGCUCAGGAGACUCGACGGCGCGGAUCUGGAACCUGAGUGAGAACAGCAGCGGCAGCUCCACACAGCUGGUGCUCCGCCACUGCAUUCGGGAGGGGGGGCAGGACGUCCCCAGCAACAAGGACGUCACCUCGCUAGACUGGAAUAGUGAAGGUACGCUGCUAGCUACAGGAUCCUACGACGGAUUCGCCAGAAUAUGGACUAAAGAUGGUAACCUUGCCAGUACCUUGGGUCAGCACAAGGGUCCUAUUUUUGCUCUGAAAUGGAAUAAAAAAGGAAAUUUCAUUCUUAGCGCUGGAGUCGAUAAGACCACAAUCAUAUGGGACGCUCACACGGGAGAGGCUAAGCAGCAGUUCCCCUUUCAUUCAGCUCCUGCGCUGGAUGUAGACUGGCAGAGCAACAACACGUUUGCGUCCUGCAGCACAGACAUGUGCAUCCACGUGUGCAAGCUGGGUCAGGACCGGCCCGUCAAAACCUUCCAGGGGCACACGAACGAGGUGAACGCGAUCAAGUGGGAUCCGACCGGUAACCUGCUGGCGUCCUGCUCAGAUGACAUGACGCUGAAGAUCUGGAGUAUGAAACAGGACACCUGCGUUCACGAUCUACAGGCGCACAGCAAAGAGAUCUACACUAUCAAAUGGAGCCCGACUGGGCCUGGAACCAGCAACCCCAACGCCGGCCUCAUGCUGGCCAGCGCGUCGUUUGACUCGACGGUGCGGUUGUGGGAUGUGGACCGGGGCGUGUGCAUCCACACGCUCACCAAACACCAGGAGCCCGUGUACAGCGUGGCCUUCAGCCCCGACGGCCGCUUCCUGGCCAGCGGCUCCUUCGACAAGUGCGUCCACAUCUGGAACACACAGACGGGCGCUUUAGUCCACAGCUACAGGGGAACCGGCGGCAUUUUUGAAGUUUGCUGGAAUGCAGCAGGUGAUAAAGUGGGAGCAAGUGCAUCAGACGGAUCUGUAUGUGUGUUAGACCUGCGGAAAUAGCGCUGCUUGCUGGAAGCCAUGGACCGACUAUGAAUGUGUACAUAGCCAAAACGACUGUCUCCAUCCCAUACUGCUGCAUGGCCAGCCACUGCAGCCAAUCACUGACCCUCCUGGACAAGGGCACACCCCCUCACCUACAGGCUCCGCCCACACACAGACAUACAAGGGACUUCUGUGUCACGGAAAAAGACAAGGAGAAAGUGGACCCAUAUAUGUACCAUUUUGGAAAUAUAUUUUCUGUUUUGUUCUUCAAAACCAGUCUCAAUAAAAAAAAAAAGAAAAAAUGAAAAAAAAGGUUUUUCUUUGUUGGUAGAUGAGUUUGCGCGAGACGGGCUUUCUCCACCCUGCAGCCAGCCACCUGCUCUUUCAGUUACAGCAGCAUGACUCAGAGGGCGAGCCCACUCCCUCCCCCCUAUGGAAAUGCUCCUUCGAAAUAAAUGUCUUUGGUACUGUA